AUAUUAAAAUAUCAUUGAUGUUUUUCUUUCGGUGUAGGAAUAGUCAAAAGCGUAAGACAGAGAAAGCGUCAGCGCUCUUGGCGGGCGUUCGAACAGUUGCCGGUUAGCUGUUCAGUGCGUCGCAUGUCGCAUUUGUCGCAUUGGUGGGGUUACGACACAGGGAAACACCACGCGCCGAAUUCUUUAGCACCCAGCACUCAACGAUGAAGUACUGGCUGAAGAUCUCGCUGCUGCUGUGCACCUUCGGCUUCCUUCGCGAGCUGCGGCCAUCGGAGCCGUAUGUGACCGAAUAUCUGGCCGGAGACUAUGGCAAUCUGACCACCCAGCAGGUGUACCAGCAGGUCUAUCCCUUUGGCACAUACUCGGUGCUGGCGCAGCUGGUGAUUGUCUUUCUCAUUACGGAUCUGGUGCGCUACAAGCCGGUGAUCGUUCUGUCCGCCGUUGCUGGUAUCGUGCUCUUUGCCAUGCAGAUAUGGUGCGAUACCCUCGGCAUGCUCCAGGUUGCCCAGCUCUUCUAUGGCUUCUUUACGGCCGCCGAAGUGGCCUACUACACGUACAUCUAUGCCAAGGUGGACAAGGAGCGCUAUCAGAUCGUCACCGGACACACGCGUGCCGCGAUCUUGAGCGGAAAGUUUCUGGGCGGACUGUUGGCCCAGAUUCUGGUUUCCACCGGCAGCAUGAACUAUGGGGAGCUCUACUACAUAUCGCUGACCACGCAGAUCAUAUCGCUGGGUGUCUCCCUGGUCCUGCCCAGCGUGCCACGCAGUCUGUACUUUUAUGCGACUGACGCCAGUCCGAGUCAGAGUCAGAGUCCGACGCCUGGUAGCGAGGAGAAUGCGCCAAAAUUUUCAAUUAAAAAUGCCUCCCGCCUGCUGUGCUAUCAUCUGGUGUCCUCCUACUCGAACCCCAUUGUCCUGCAGUGGAGUUUGUGGUGGUCCCUGGCCACCUGUGGUCAGAUACAGGUAAUAUCGUACAUACAGUUCCUGUGGAAGGAGGUGGCGCCCCAACAUCAGAGCAGCUACAACGGCGGUGUGGAGGCACUGGCCACUCUCCUGGGCGCCGUUGGUGCCAUUGCGGCCGGAAUGCUGAACUCGAACAAGCGACGCAGCUGCUACAUGCUGGCCAACUCUAUUUGCGCUGCCGUUCUGGGCGCUCUCCUGCUCUAUGCCUCCCAAACCACCGUCCUGUGGGUGGCCUACAUCAAUUAUGUGCUCUUCUGUGCCAUUUUCUUCUUCAUCAUCACUGUGGCGGGUGCCAUUGUCGCGGAGAAUCUGGUGGAGGAUAGCUUUGGCCUCGUCUUUGGCAUCAACACUCUGGUGGGACUCUUGCUGCAGACAAUCCUCACCAUUGUCGUGGUGGAACCGGAUACGGGCUUUGGGUUGGGUCUGCGAGAUCAGUAUCUAGUCAAUGGAGGCUAUUUCCUCUGCUUGGGGAUCAUCUAUGGAGUCGGAAUUCUCAUUAGCAAACUGUGCGCCCGCACCAGGAAUUCGAAGCAAUUGCAAAUAACCACGUAAUGUGCAAUAUUUAGACUAAUUUUGUAUGAAAUCGGAGCGCAUUAGCCCCACCGAAUUUUGAAUACCCUACUAAUUCGAUUGUUAGUCUGAAAUGUAUGGUAACGGAUCGUUUUAUAUAGAGUUCUGGGAUAUGAUCUAAACAUUGGAAAAAUAUAUCAUACAUAUAUAAUAAUGUUAAUUAUUUUUAAGCAAAUAAA